ACACAAUGUAAUGACGUAGAACACACGGGUACUUCCAAGUGACUUCUUUCAAAACAACGUUUGCACAAAGUCUUGUUGCAAACUUUCUCUCAUCAAUGUUAUAACCUACAAAAUAUAAUUGACAAUAUAGCAAGAAUGUCAAUCGCUAAAAUGCACUAAGUACAGAGCUUCCCACUUUGCCAUUCAAUAAGUUUGAACAUCAAUUUCCCUCCGUAUCUGGAUAUACAAUUUCACGGUAGAACGGAAUAAGGAAAUCACAACGUUAUGGCGAAGAAGCUGCCUUGUAAGCAAAUGAGACUUUAUCUAUGUACCUGGAAUGUUGGAGGAUCCAAACCGGCUGUAGACUUUACAGAUGUCCUUGACCUGGAGAAUUCCAAGCACCCUGAUCUGUAUUGUAUUGGUCUGCAGGAGAUUGACGUGCAUGACCUGAGUCUGGAGGAGCACCCGUGGAGCAAGGCGCUCACCACCUGUCUAGGAAGUAGAGGAUAUGUCAAGUUGAAAGGCCGUCGGAUGCGGGGCGUGAUGACCAUUGUUUUUGCUCGGAGGGCCUUACUGUCUCAUAUCACCAGCAUUGAAGCCGAGGCCACCAAAACAGGCUUGGGGGGAUGGUGGGGCAACAAGGGCGGGGCCAGCGUACGGCUGGACUUGUUCGGGAUGAAUCUCAUCAUUGUUAAUGCUCACCUUGCUGCUCACAGGGAAAACAUACAGGAGAGAAUUAUUGAUUUUGACAGCAUCUUGGAUAGUCAGAAGUUCAAGGAUGAAGAUGUGGACAAUAUUCUAGACCACGACUAUGUUUUCUGGAUGGGAGACCUCAAUUUCCGUCUUGAAGACUUGACCUAUGAAGGAGCCAUACGUCACAUUGAGAAAGGAAAUCUAACUAAACUGCUCACAUAUGACCAGCUGAUACAGUGUAAGGAAGAGAGACUGAUCUAUGAAGACUUUGAAGAAGGCAGGAUUACAUUCCCCCCAACAUACAAGUUUGACAAAGGGACAGACACGUAUGAUACCAGUAAGAAGAAGCGUGUCCCUGCUUGGUGUGAUCGCAUCCUGUGGCACGCCCACCAUGAGAGUUAUGGAACUGUCAGCCUCGAAGUCAAGCAGCUGGACUACAGGAGUCACCCUCAGUACAAGAUCAGUGACCACAAGCCUGUCACGUCACAGGUGGACAUACAGGUGUUUGGCAAGCCGCCCCCGUCUCCUGUCAAGUUUCAGAUGAUCAUCAAGUGGUACAUAUCCCAGGGCAGUACUGUCACCUACACCAUGAAGGCCAAGUCCUUCUCUACCGACUGGAUUGGCCUGUACAAGGCAGACUUCAAGAGCUUCAGUGAGUAUGUGAGCUACAUCUACGCGGAGGAGGGGGCAGAGGAACGUGGUGACCGCGGGGUCAUCAUGGAGUUCCCUGCCAGUAAACUGCGUGUGGCUGCGGGGCAAUAUGUCCUGUGCUACCUGACCAAGAACUACUCUCUACAGGGCAUUACCAAUGAAUUCAUGAUUAGCCCCUAAGUGCUGCUUCUACGGCCAUCAUACUGAUAGCCCUGUUCAACACACCUCAACAUAUCCAACAUCUAACUAGAGAAGAGUCCUUCUAAUUGGUGCUGACAGUCAUGUGACUUGUACUAGUCACAUGACCUGUGCAUAAUCACCAGACUGUGAUAAGAGGAGAAAUAUAUUUUUGGCAUUAUGACAUUGUUACGAAUAUUACAAAUCUGAAAUCAUUUUAUCUUUUGAGGAGUGCAAUCUUCAUUAUCAGUAUGUGUAGUUCACCCAAAUUAGUCUGAGAUACUCAAGCAAGGCGCCAUCAUAUCUUGUAAGCUGAGUCCAAGUCAGAACAAGAAGGGAAAUAGCCACUAGACCAAGAACACUUGAGUUCGCAAGGCCGCUUGUAAAGAUUAUUCUAGCAUCUGACAUGUCUGAACAGUUAAAGCACUCAAAAUGACAUGGAUUACUACAGGAAUGGCACCAUUCCAAGUGAGGACAUCCGAAUUCAUGGGUACAUGGUCAUGUCCCUUACUUAUAUAAAGACGAGGGAUUUCUGUGCCGAACAGGGUUUCACUAUUGUUCACCUAUCCCAGGUAUGUUAUGUGUCACACUUGGGCUGUACUCCGUUAGAAAAACAUGUAACUUCCUCUACAUCUUCAAAUUCCGUCUGCUGCUUUCUUGCAGUCUUACUAGCGUUCCUCGUUGAGAAGCUGCUACUGGUGAAGUGGUUGUGAUGUGACUUGGAAAUAAUUCCGGUACCUCACUCAGAUGAGAAUAUGCCCAAACUGUACCAGUGUUCUCACUGCUGUCCCUGUGCGAGGGAGUUGUGUCUUGUUCGACGCAGACAAAGUUUAUUUCCUUUUUAUAUCUUAGCCAAAUUUGGGCAUUAAGUGGGAUAUGGUCGGUGUGAGGUUAUUCACAAAGAACCUUUCAAUGAAACAUUAUUCUGGGUGGAUCAGUGAGUUCCCCAUAGGGAUUCUGGGUUGGGGGCAGUCCCCAGCAACCUAUGCUUGUUGUCAGGUGACUGAAUGGCCUGGGUGGUCAGCCUCGGGGACUCCUGGUGUGGAUUGGUGAUCACAAUAUCGAUCAUUGGAUUGUCUGGUCCAGACUUAAUUAUUUACUGGUUGCCUUUAUAUAGCUGGAAUAUAGCUGAGUACAGAGCUACAGAACAGACUGAUCAGUGUGUUUUCAGGAGACAUUGGUUGGCAUUGUGUGUGAGUUGUUUGUGAUUCAUUGGUCCGGGCGGUGAUAUGAGGCGCUUCAACAUGCUGUGCAGAUUUACCACAUGGAGGAAUCUACUGAUAGUUGGCUCGGGUGCAAGUUAGCCUCAGUUAUGAUUCUUGGUCUGUCAGCACAUUGCUGUCCUCCAUUAUGAAGCUGACACAGCAUGAUAGGAUGGAGACACUGGUGUUUACCCCAACUCAACCAUCUUGUUGUGGUCAUCAUCUCCCUGUAAUUGAACUACAUAAAGAACUAGGAAAGUUUUUUAGAUAUCACCUAAGUGAAAACAGAGAUCUAAGGUAUUACCUGUAUAUAAACAGUUGUAAGUACUGCUGUUUCUUACCAUUGUUGGGCUUGUGUGUAAUGUAUUAAGUAUAUACAAAUUAUUAUGACUUCCCGUGGCAUGGACAAGUCUUGGCUUCAGUGUUCUGAGGCAGGAGGUUAUUUACAAACCUCAUUCAAUUUAUCUUGGGUAGAAACAUCACCUGACUCAAGUCAAGAACUAACCGUUAUCACUCCUGGAGGAUAUUUAUAGGAUUGAAUCAGACCUCAAAAUAUGAAUUAUUUCCUUGGGAGUGCUCCUAUUUUAAUUUUUCUUAUGGAAAUAAUUUUGGGGCCAUCACAUUUUUAUAAGGAACCAUAUUCUAAAUGAAAUAUGACUUGUAGAACUAGAUGGGUGAAGUAGUUGUGAAACACCAAAGUUUGUUACGGGCCGCAAGUCGAGUAGUGAAGCAGUGAUACAGCGGGGUGGAACCAGGGGCAGUCACGGAAACACUGGUCAGUCUCUUUGUGGGAGUGAUCAGGAUAAGUUGGGAGUAUCAAACAUAGGAGGGUUGUUAAGACUUUGGACUUACAUUGACCCAGUUGAAAUUAUCCGUCUGGGUAACUCAUUAUGUACUGUUUUUAAAUGUUUUAUGAACUCAUGUUGCAAUGAGUUUGUGUCAAAAUGAUGACUUGAAAUGGCCUAACUGACAUUCCAACAUGUCAAACUGCUCACUUGAUGCACAUACAUACAUAGCAACUGCAUCUGUGUUGUUCAGGUUUCUUGGAUGCCAAAAAGUGGAUUGUUGGUUUUCCAGUUUAAUAUCAUGUAUCGUUUAAGUCUUAUAGCUCUGUCGUUGAUAAGCCCUGGAGUGAUGGUGUGACACAGACACUCUACUCAUGGACUGAAGAAAGGGAACACAUACCAGGCGGACCCAAGUCACAAAGUGACUUAGUGACUUGGCUGAGGGGGACGUCAAUGCAAAAGGUGUCUCCAAAUGAAAGGGGUGGUAACCCCCAUCCCCUUGGAUCUGCACAUGCAUAUGUGGGAGUAAACUGAAACCUUUGUGUGACAUCACAUCCCACUUCCAUGCCAAACAGGGCCUGCUUGUUUUGUUUCUCAGUUUUGCAACACAUAUAGUUACAUUUCAGUCUUUGUCUUGUUUUAUUGAUGAAAAGUAUUGAUAUCAAAUGAAGCAGUAAAGAUUUCCUUCAUGUUUGCGUAUGUAGCCUUUUUAAUUUCCACAGAUUAUUUAUGAGAUGUGGUAAUACUUUUCUCUCCUGAUAUUGUAUUAUGUUGAUAAUACAUUCCUUAACCUGUGACCUUAUUCUGUAACUUGUUUUCACAUGUUGUCCGUUGGCGAUAAACAAAUUGAAGGAGCCUAAACCACAGGAAUUCCUCCCUGACUGAAUCUUUUCUCCUGGUGAAUGCAUGUUUAAUGUCUCCCCUGUCACAGGUGGGAGUGUUCUCUGUGUCAGAUGUGUGACCACAGAACCAACUACACGGUUCACCUGUCAAUGGUCAACACUUCUAUCCUGUUUUGUUUCGGCUAAAAACUUUUGACUUGAUCCACAAACGGAUAAUUAUGCAGAUGAAGUGAAAUUAACUUUUAGUGAAUAGGUUGCCCAGUAGAUCUAUUAUUUACUAUGCUAAUAUUACCUGUAUGCAUAUAUGUCAUGUCUAAUCACUAUUGAUGUGUGAUAUUGAUGUUGUGUCUUAGCUAUAUUUGCAAGAUAUAGCUGUUAAGUUUCAUGUAAGAUAAUUUACAUUUGUUAGUUCUUAAGCAUAGGUGUAUGAUAUAUCUCAGCUUUUACCAAACUUACAUGAUUGCCUUAUCAAAAUGAUUAUAGAAAUCAAAAUGUUUUUUAGCAUUAACUUUUAAUGUUUUUACCACUGAUGUUUUACUUAAUCUGCUAAAAUCAAAGUCUCCUGGAACCAAUGGUAGGCUGUGAUAUAAAUUAUUUCUUUGUUUUAGUGUAUUAAGAUUGUUCUAAUCUUUUUAAUCAAUUGUUGCCUUUGUUUUUCAAUGACAAGUUCAUUAAGUACAUUUUCUCAGAAUUGACUUCUCCACAAACUUUGUCAUAUCAGCUAAAUUGUUUAUUCUUGUAGAUCUAGUAUUGGUGCUUCCAUCAUGACAGCUCAAAGUACUAGGCCAAAGUAUUUUACUCUUGUUUGUUAAAUGAUGUAGUUUGUUUGGUAUUUUAUUGGUUAUUCCUGUAUUGGUCAUUAACCCUUGUAUCUGUGGCGUGUAUCUGUGUGGUUAUAGAAUGGUUAGAACACUGUACAUUGUUUUACUCCUUUCCUUACUUGUCAUACAGAUUUAUGUCAUUUUAAUAAUAAUAUGUUUUAGACAACAGCGUAUUAAUGAUAUGUUUUAGACAACAGCGUAUUAAUGAUAUGUUUUAGACAACAGCGUAUUAAUGAUAUGUUUGAGACGACAGCAUAUUAAUGAUAUAUGAUAAUGAUAUAUCAGAGAUCUUUCAGCGAAAGUUUGUGUUUAUUGAUCUUGAUGAACUCCAGUUUAAUGUCCACGGUUUGCUGCAGUGUAUACAUAAUGUCAGCAUAGUGUCAUAGAGGACGACAGUUGACCUGCCAAGAGGGAGACAGUGAGAGUCACUUGUCAAUGACCCAAUCUCCUGGAGAUCUGCACAGUAUUGAUGCACUGUUAAGAGACACAUUGUAUUGAUAUAUUCUUCGUAUUCUGAUUUAUGAAUGUAUUGAUUUGAUUUACACUCAAUCUCAUUAAAAUCAGAUCUUAGUUCUCGCUACCGCUAAACAAAGAUCUGAGGACAUCCCAUUAGGGGUCAUGUCAGAACAACCUUUCAUACGACCAAUCAGAGCGUCGCUUAUCAGAUCAUGAAAGUGACAGUCGGAAUGUGAUUUCUAAUCAUGCAAUCUCGAAAACUUUUACACAGGGUUUUCCGAACGAAAGUUACGGGUUUAACGACUGAAUACAUACAAUCUAGACCAUAUAUUUGCCAUUCCAGAAUGUUCUUUUGUUCAGGUUUCAAAUUUUUAAUCGAGAAUUUGUCAAAAUAUGUUCUGUAGCGUAGUGGCAAAUUUGAAAUUAAAGCAUGAGAAAGCUGCCUUCUGAUUGGCUAAUGUCAACUUCUUGUCAGUCCUUCCAUUGGUCGAUCAAAAUUCGCGCAAGAUCCGUCUGAUGUGACCCAUAGUGGGAUGUCCUCAGAUGAUUGUUUAGCGAUAGCGAGAACUAAGAUCCGAUUUUAAUGAGAUUGAUCUCCACUGUAACACUUAGUCUACACUUUCCUGUGAUGAUCUCCAAAGCCAACUUGCUUGCUUCAUACUAGUCCCAGUUUGUUCAACAUUCAAGGGACAGCAGUAUUAGAAAAUAAUAUUGAUAUUAACCUCUUUACCUACAUAUAUACUUAUGUAACAUAUAAUAUCACAAUGUUAGACAAAUCUAUUGUUUUUCAAGGCUGGUUAAUAUGGUGCCAUUAUCCUCGGUUAUCCAGGGUAUUGUGUGUCCAUUCUAUUAUCAUAAAUACACUGGACAGUCACCAUUGCUUUGUUUAUAGGUAAAUUUGAAAAGAUUAGCUAAAUUUGAAUGACAUGAUAGUAACUAUAGCCAUCUAUGCAAAUCGCAGACAGGAGCAAGUGACAAUUGGUGCUAAGUUAGUGAUAAGAGAGAUGGACAUGCUGAUGAAACUUCCAAAACGAAGCUUUGGUGGUUAUUUGGUCCAGGGUAGUUAUCAGAAUAGAAUGGCUGUAUAAUACCCUGGAGCACCAAGGAUGUCAGAGAAUAUGAUGAUCAUUAAAUGUACAGAAAUCCAUUACAAUUAGAAAUACAAUUAUACCAAGUGUUAUUUGUACCGAUAAGUACCGUACAUUUUGAUAUAUGUUUUUCAUUUUUCUCUGUUCACUUCACAGACCUACUCAAGUUUGAAGACAUAAAAAAUAGAUGUUAAAAUGGCCACCAAUGCAGGAUUUAACAAAAAUAGGUGUUGGCCUAAACAUAGAUAUUAAAAAUACAUAAAUAAUAUAUUUGUUAUGAUAUUCUGUUUGUUGUUUACUUUGGAGAUGAAUGUGAAUGCAUUGCAUCAGUGAUCUUGCUUCGCCUGUAACACUGCAGUAUCUGUCGUGACUACCCUGUAGUAGUAUGUCAACCUGUCGUGCAUGGGUAGUUCUUGCUGCAGUGAUGCUAACUAUGGGAGUCAGGGCAUAUGUUAUUCAUAUUAUAUACAUUGUUGCAGAUAUACCAGAUUUGAAAUAAAUAUUACUAUUUUACAAUA